CUAGUCUCUCUCUAGAAUCCUCCAUUGAUUCUCUCUCUAAAACUCCAUUAUCUCCGUUUUAAAUUUCAGAUUUAUUAAAUCUAUUUAUGUUUCAUCUUCUUCUUCCCCACUAAACUCUAUUUAUUUCUCUUGGGUUUCAAAGUUUAUUGUACUGUUCUCGAUCAUUGGCUCACUUCGGAUUUUUCUUUGUUUUAUUAUCCCUUAAAUUAUGUUUGAUUCAAAAUCAUUCAUGGAUUUCCCCGAUAAUGUUGUUGAUAUUCGUGUGGGAAUGGAUUUGCGGCACUAUGCCGAUGCUCUGGAUCAAGAACGCAGAAAAAUUCUGGUGUUUCAGAGAGAACUUCCCCUCUGUGUGGAGCUUGUUACCAGAGCUAUUGAUUCUUGCCGGCAGCAGUUAUCUGGGGUCUCGUCGGAGAGUUCAGAGCAUACUUCUUCCGAUGGCCCUGUUUUGGAGGAGUUCAUUCCGAUCAAAACAGCCUCCGGUGAUUCCAAUUUUGAACAAUCAAAACCAGAUAUAAAUGAAGUGGGUCCAUUGGAUUGGCUUAAAUCCGCUCAGCUUUGGAAUCAAACGUCGGAUCCUCCAGUUGUUGAGGAUGUUGCUGAGAAACCGCCUUCGGCGGUUGUUGACGUAGAAAAGAAAGGCGUGGGCGGUGGUUUUCAGCCAUUUCAGAAGGAGAAAAAUCCACCCAAAACAGAGGCGGCGGCGGUUGUCGGCAAAACGGUCUGUUGUUCUCCGGUGUUGGAGGCGACAUCGAGUUCGACGGCGGAAACUGUCUCCAAAGACAGCGGCGGAAACAGUCAACGAGAAGAGAAGGAAUCUCAAACUCAAAGAAAACGGAGGCGGCGCUGGUCGUCGGAGUUACACCGGCGAUUCGUUCGUGCCCUUCAACGACUGGGCGGCCCUCAAGUUGCUACACCAAAACAAAUUCGUGAGUUAAUGAAGGUUGACGAUUUGACUAACGAUGAAGUCAAAAGCCAUUUACAGAAAUACCGAUUACACGCACGACGGCCGACAAAUUCUGCCAUGCACGACAGCGCUGUGCAGAAAUUCGUGGUGGUCGGAAGCAUGUGGGAACCUCCGCCGCCGCCACCACCGAAGUACAUGGCGAUGACGACGGGGCAAGUGACCCCGGUGGCGAGAGUCGUGCAACGGCAGAAGACGGCGGAGGGAGGAAAGGGGAGACCCAUCGGCGGCGAAAGCGUAGAAUUAUUUUAAUUAUAAUUUAUUUUAUUUGU